AAAAUUAAGAAUUCAUAUUCGUUACUAUAUAUAUUAUACAAUACUAUAAAGUGUUAAAAGAUCAAUAUGGCUUCUUCCAUGGUUGCUGCAGCGACAGUUCGUGCUGUCAAAGGUAGAAAAAUAUUAGCUACGCGCGCUGCGCUUACUUUAACACCAAGUGCAGUAAAAAAAAUCAAGGAAUUAUUGAAAGAUAAAAGUGAAUUUAUUGGUCUAAGAGUAAGUGUGAAACAACGAGGAUGUAAUGGUCUUAGUUAUACUCUUGAUUAUGCCAAAGAAAAGUCUAAACUUGAUGAAGAAGUUGUUCAAGAUGGUGUUUGUAUUAUGAUCGACAAAAAGGCACAAUUAUCUUUAUUAGGUACCGAAAUGGAUUAUAUAGAAACUAAAUUAAGUUCUGAAUUUAUUUUUAAUAAUCCAAAUAUCAAAGGCACGUGUGGAUGUGGAGAAAGCUUCUCCGUUUAGUUACUUUAUAAAAUUGUAGUUAAUAUAGAUCAUUUAAUUGACAAAUUUUAGUAAAAUAUAAGUUUAGCAUAUAACUUUAUUAAAUGACACUUUUUUAAUUUUUUCUAUAAAUAUUCACAAAUUUGGAUAUUUAAUCUUAAAAUUUAUAAUAAUUAUAAUAUUAAUGUAAUGUAAAAGUAAUAGAAAAAUCACUAUUGUUUAUUAAAAGUUUCUUUUGUUAUAAAAAAGGAAAAAUUGAUAAUAUGACAGAUGUAACAUUAUACAAUAUUACAUUCACACAUACACAUGCACAUAAUUAUAUGAUGUUACAAGAUAUGAAAGAAUGUAUACAAUUAUCAUAGAUGAAUUUUUUUGAAAUUUGAAUUGGUAAAAAUUUAGAAAAAAAAUUAUUUAUAUAUUCUUAUAAAAUAUUUUUAUAUAAAUAAUAAAUUUGUUAACAGAUUCAAAUCUAAAUUUAAAAUAUAAAUAUGAUAUAGAAUUAAUUAUGUAAUAUUGUAUAUUUAUUUUGUAAUUAAGUGUUACAUAUAAAAUAAUUAUAUAUAGAUGUAUAAUAGUUAGCAAAAUAUUUUGAUUGUUACAAUAAGUUUAUUAAAAAUUUAUUUAUCAUUAUUAUGUACAUAAAAUUAUAUUUUGACAAUUACUACAAUAAUAUACUAUAUGUAUUUAUUAAUGAUAUAUAUGUAAUUGUGUAUGUUGGCUAUGAUAUUUUGUGUCAUGUGUAAUUACUAUUUUCUUAAGACUAAAUAAACGUGAUAUAUUUUCGUAA